UAGCCGGAAGUGGGCGGCCUUCUGCCCGGAAGGCGCGGGACUCCGUGGCGGCGGCAAAAAUGCUUGGCGUUAAAGCAAACUACCUACUACCCGCAGACUGCGCGCGCCGGGUGGUAGCAGAGCUGCAGGGCGCCCUGGACUCCUGCACCGAUCGGCAGCGGCAGUUGGAGCGGAGCCUGCGUGUUUCCAGGAGACUGCUGCAGGUCUGGGAACCAGCCAGGAUCCCGUCUCCAGUUCCAGAAACCAAGGAAGAGGACCUACGUGCAGCAUGUACGCCGAGUUCUCAAGACCUUGAGGAGCUGCAACUUUUGACCCAGGCACUGGAGAAGGCUGUACGUGUGAGGAAAGGUGUGUCCAAUGCUGGACACAAAGACAGAACUCCUGGUCUGACAGCUAAGGCAGCCACUUCUGGUGCCACUGCCUCUGCCCAUCCUCGUACUCCCAGCCAGAGUGGCAGCCAUGUAUCAGGUGCAAAAUCCACCAAGGGUAUACAACGGGCCGCAGCCCCUGCCAAGGAUUACCCUGAGUGCAGACUUCGGUCAAGGGGAGAUAAGACUCAUGUAAGAACACAAGACCAAACACCUGGGUAUGGACCAGGCCUCAGGGACCAACAGAUGGCCCCAUCACCUGCUCAUCAUGCUACAGAACUCUUCACGUUAAAGGAGAAGGGGACUCUGCUGCAGCUACCUGCGGCCUUCAAGAAGGCGGCUUCUCGGAAUUCCCGCCUGUGGGCCCAGCUCAGCUCUACACAAACCAACGACUCCUUAGAUGCCACUAGAGCCGCCAAAACUCAGUUCCUCCACAAACUCCAGAUGGCUUCAGGCUGUUCCAGCCACAGGCCCAGUGCUACAGAAGUGGAGGCACAUGCCCAGAGCCUGAGGAAGGCCUGCACACUGCUGAGACUUCGUAUGCAAGAGGAACUUGCAAAAGCCCCCACUGACUGGAUGCAGGAGUACCGAUGCCUGCUCACCCUGGAAGGACUGCAGACCAUUGUUGGACAGUGUCUCCACAGGAUACAGGCACUGCAAGCUGCUGUGACGGAACAGCUUCCAGGAGUAUGCCACACAGAGAAGUCCACUCAGGCCCCGCCAGUUUGUGGAGGAGAGGCGGACUCUCCCUGGAGCCCUGAGCUCCUUCUCUACUCUAGCACCAAGGAGCUGCAGACCUUGGCAACCUUGAAGCUUCAAGUGGCCAUGCUAGACCAGCAGAUCCAUCUAGAAAAGGUUCUGAUGGCUGAACUCCUCCCUCUGAUAAACACUCAGGAGCCCGGAGGCCCGCCUUGGCUGGCACUGUGCCGGGCUACGUACAGUCUGCUCUGCGAGGGAGGUGAACACUUCCUCACGGUCCUUCGAGAUGACCCUGCUGACUAAGCAGUCUGGGCAGACAAGAGGACAGGGACUGAGGGGGCUGAGAGCACAGAGCUGGAACCUCACUGAGAAAGCUGCGUGGCCUGGGUGCUCCCCUCCCCCCAAGCUCCUCUUAGCCCCCAGACUUCCUCAUCAGGGCUCAGCGUUCUGCCUUCCUGGGGGAGUCCUUGGCUGCCUCUGCUUUCUCUCGCUGUAGACCUACAGACUACCUGUACGACACUAGACCUCCUUUAGGAAGUAUAAGGAUUUAAUUUAUAUCAUACUAGGGUUUGGUAAGGGGCUUUUUGGAUCCUUGUUUCUCUCUUUGUGGUUUUAAGAAUUGUAUCAGCCAGGUGGUGGUGGCGCAAGCCUGUAAUCCCAAUACUCUGGGAGGCAGAGGCAGGUGGAUUUCUGAGUUCGAGGCCAGCCUGGUCUACAGAGUAAGUUCCAGGACAAUCAAGGCUAUACAGAGAAACCCUGUCUCUGAAAAAAAAAAAAAAAUCCAAAAAACAAAAAAAGAAUUGUAUCAAUUACCUGGGAGGGAGGCAGAGGCGGGUGAUUCUGUGAAUUCAAAGCCAGCUUGGUCUACAAAGCAAGUUCCAGGACAGCCAGGACCACACAGAGAAACCCUGUCUCAAAAAACCAAAAUAAAAAGAAAAGACUUGCAUCAGUUAAGGGGUUUGGAGCAUGCCUGUAAUCCCACAGGGGUGGCUAAAGGAAGAGGAUCCUAAAUUUACGGCUAGCCUGAACUCUGUUUAAGUAAAAUAAAGGAAGGGAUAUAUCAAUGCA